AUGGAGUAUGAAAACGACACGAGACAUCGACAGGACGAUGAAUUAACAGCUCUUGUUUCGAUUUAUGGUGAUGAUGUCGUCCUCGUACCGAAAGAAAACCGCUGGAAGGUUUGGACUCCACUCGAUUUAUUAAUACAUCUAAAGCCAGUUUCCUCAGCUAGUGCAUCGACUUUAGAAUCAAUUCCCGAGAUUUUUUUGGAGAAUCCAAAAGGCAUAUCGAAAAAAGAUUUAUCCGAUUUAAGGAAUGAUCUCAUUGCUAAGGCGAAAGAGAAUCGAGGAUCAGAAAUUAUAAUGGAGCUUUGCCACAUGGUUCAAGAAUUUCUAUACGACAAAAAUGAGCCACCAGUUGGUUCAUUUCAUGACCAUAUGUUGCAGCAAAAGGCUGCUGCUGAAACUGAACUACUAAAAUUUCGAGCUGAUGUUGAAUUAAAAGAAUUACAAGAAAUAGAAGAAAUACAAAAGAUGCGAGAAGAAAAAUUAAAAUGGAAAGAAGCUGAAGAAAAAUUAAGUGGUGGUGAUCCAAUGAAUCUUGAGAUUAUUCAAUGUAUUGAUGGUUCAAAGAAGCGAAUACGCGUUUAUACGGCGAAAUCCGUUGAACGAAAUUUGCUCUGUUCAUUUUGCAAGGAAAAAUAUGCUAUUGAUCUGGAUUCUGAUCGGGAACUGAUUGUUAGCGAAUGGAUUUUUGAAUAUACUCGUGGUCGGAAGGAGACUAGAAAAGGUGCUUUUAAUGUUGAUAAUUUCUUGAAAAAGUUGGAUAUUGUUGAAGAAAUGAUGUUCAUGAUUUCAAAAUUUAAUCGCAUCCAUCAGUCGAUUGCUGCAUAUGCUUUUUUUGCUAUAUUUAAGAAGUCAAUUUCGCCAUCCAAUAUAAAUGUGAGGUGGGUAAUUUAUUUUUUUCUUCUUUUUGAGCUGGUACAUAUUCUUGCAUCACAUUUAACACAUUCAAUAAAAUGGUUACACGAAAAUCGAUGUCGUCAUGCCAGUGUUUCAUUAUCGUGUAUAUGGUUGGCAAAUGGAUUCACUUUCCGCAUAUCAGAUUGUAUUCUUCAGCCCUGUAUUCUAGACCUUUGUGCAGCAUUUAAUGCAUAUUGUGCUUCAUCUAGUAUGGCAGAUUUUAAAUCUAAUAAAGAUUCAUAUAAGCAAGAUUUGGUACAAAUGGCGCAAGUCUUUGAAACAAUAUAUCAGCAUUUGGAAAACAAUGAUGUCAAACAAAAAUUAAAAAUUUUCAUCAGUGCUGUAAAGGCUGCAAAAAGAAUCGAUGAUAUUUUGGAGCAUGAAUUUUUCAAUGAAGGACCGUCAAACUUUCAUUCGGAACCAGAAGUUGAUUUUCAAGCAGCUGCGCAUAGUCGAUUAAAAAAUGAAUUCAUUUAUAUUAGUUUUUUGGGUAAGGGCGGAUUUGGUGAUGUUCUUCUCGCACGGUAUUUUAUGAAUAAAUUGGAUGGUAACGAAUAUGCAGUUAAACGAAUUCCGCUAGAUUCUAAAGAUGAUCGUCUAAAUCAGAAGAUAACCCGCGAAGCUAAAUUGUUUUCGAGACUAAAUCAUCCUCAUGUUGUGCGUUAUUAUAGUGCAUGGAUUGAACAAGCACCUAUUCAGGGGAAUCGCCGUGCUCCCAAUGAAAAUUUCGUAGUGCUAUAUACCUUUUUUCUGUAUACCAUAUAUAAAUUAUUUUUCGGUCCUUUUUCAGAUUCAUUAAUGCCUUCAAAAAUCAGAAAUCUGGAAUUUAAAGCCAAUCAGAUCCAUUGUGAAUCUAAUGUUGAGUGGUCUACAUCAUUUCAAGUAUCCUCUAAGGAGUCAAGUAAUGGUGAAUCUGAAAGUGAUGAUGAAAAGCCUAUACGCACGUUAUUUUCGAAAUCAGUGCGCAGCAAAACAGAAAAUUCACAUUUUGAAAUUCUCUUUGAAAAUGAAUCUGAAGGUGAAUCAACUGAUGAUGCUUCCGAGUCAUUAAUGGUGCAGCAUAUUAAGCAGAAUGCAUCUCCAAAAAUUCUUUUUAUCCAGAUGGAAUAUUGCGAAAAGUCGACAUUGCGGGCACUCAUCGAUUCAUCACGUUUAUAUAAAAAUCCUCGUACAAUAUGGCGGAUUUUUCGUGAAAUAUUGCUUGGAUUACAAUAUAUUCAUAAAGAAGGAAUGAUUCAUCGAGAUAUAAAACCGAUGAAUAUAUUAAUUGAUGGGAAUGAUCGUACAAAGAUCGGUGAUUUUGGGCUUGCUACGCGUGAUUUUUUUAUUCGUAAAACAGCUACUGGUGAACAUGAAAAAAAUUAUUCACUGACAAAGGACAUUGGCACAACUUUGUAUAUGGCUCCUGAAUUAUUUUCUGAUCGUAUAAUUGCAUCGGGCUGCAACACUAAGUUGGACGUUUUUAGUUUGGGAAUUGUCCUUUUCGAGAUGUUUUAUUUGCCACUGUUACCAGGAAUGGAAAGGGUGAAGGUUUUACAAGCAUUAAGAGAUUCUUGUGCGUUUCCUGCUGAUUUUGCUUCAUCUAUACCAAAAGCCCACCAAAACGCAGCAAAGGAAUUGAUCACAGAAAUGCUGAAGCUAUCACCUAUCGACAGACCAUCUAUUCAAAAUUUGUUAGAAAACGACCGAGUACCACUCGUUGAAAUUGAAGAUAGUGAAUUUCAGAAAAUGUUUUGUCAGAUUUUAAAAAAUCGUCGAGGACGAAUGUAUCAGUGGGUUUUCGGUACCUUGCUUUCGCAACCCUUAAGUUCAGCAGCCGAUUAUCUCUACGAUCAUGAAUUAUGCUCAAUGUUCGAGUUAUCGUUACCCGAUUUGUAUUCUGUUGAAUGCUUGCGACGUGAACUUUCUCGUAUUUGUUCUCUUCAUGCAUUUGUUCCGCUUCCAUCUCAUCUUCUCGCGCCAUUCAAUAUUGAAAUUGCUUCAUUGUCCAGUUUAAAAUCUCGCAUAUGUAAACUAAUUGAUGAAAAUGGAAUCUGCGUAACAUUGCCCGUGAAUGGUAUACAUCCAAUAGAACGACAAGAAUUUGCUAUAGACUGCAUUGGUCCAAGGAAUUCAUCUUGCCUAUUAACUUCUGAUGUGCUUUCUAUAAUUAUUGAAGCAGCCAGUUUUAUUUCGGAAAUUGGUAGUAGUAAAUGGCAACUUCACAUUGGUCACUGUGGCUUGAUCCGUGGUAGUGCUCUUCACCUUGGUUUGGGUGAUUUGUACUUGAAGAUUCUCAAUGCCCUUUAUGGAAUAGGGAUUUCAAAUAAACCGCUUACUCAUGAUCAAAGAUUGGAACGACUUCGAAUUGGUGGCGAAUUAUCCUUCAGUCAGGCGAAGGCAUUACUCAGUUUACUUGAGGGUGAAGACACAUCUCUAGAAAAUUUGCGUGAGAGAUUUAAACCUCUUUUACGAAGUCGAUUUGAAAUACGUGAUAAUAUUAAAACCGCAAUCAAUGAUAUUAACACUUGUAUUGAAAUUCUUGGGCCAUUAACAGGCACGAAUAUUGACAAUAUCAUUUUCAAUGGAGCUUUGUGUUAUAGACCGCAUACAUUUUCAUCUGGUAUUAUCUUCGAAUUAAAAUUGCUGAUUUCACAUAAAGUUCGACCAAAAUCUAUUUUAAUUUGUGCUGGAGGUAAAAGGUUUUAUUUUUGUUUUCAAGGACGCUACGACCAAUUAUUGUCUGAAGAGCUUCGUGCUCAAGAUCCAAAAUCUCCAAUACCGUUAUGUGCAGUAGGCUGUUCUUUUGCUGUUGAUGCAUUUGCGCAUUUUUGCAAAAAAUCUUCUGGUUGGUGUGGUAGAUGGUGUUCAGCGCUGAUCUGUGCUGAAAAUGCUGGUUGCUUGAUUCAUUGUGCUGUUCUUGCUCGAAAACUGUGGAACCGUGAAAUAUCUGCUGAUGUAUUGCAUGACCCAGUGGAAUCCAGUAACUUUGCUGAAAUUCAAGCUAUCGUUAUUAGUAAUGAUGAGGCUCUGGUUCUUGAUGGAAUAACUAGAUAUCAACUAUUAUUCGAUGCUGUUGUUGAGCGAUUAUAUGAAAGAAUUCGAUUAGAAUCAACAUCAGAUGGGAAAUUAGAGUGUUCCAUACGAAACAUAAAUUUACCUAGUUCAACAGCUACAUCGGCCAAUCUAAAUCUUCAUUUCGCUGUUCUUGAUAAGCCAGCAACGAAUGUCAAGAAACGUGUUGAAAAUCAGGUUCAGAUGAGUUUAAAAAGAUCUGCGCAGUUAUUCGCUCCUUCUACAAUUAUUGAUGUUGUCGUAGUUGAUUUGUCGAUUGAUGCAACUCAGCUAUUAGGAGCGUUAAUCGAUCGAAAUUCUUCGAAAGCAGAUUUAUGUUUAUCAUUCAAAACUGUGGCAACACAAUUCAAUAGAUAUAAGAAAGAUUUACAGCUUAUUGAAGAAAUAUUGGAAACGUUAUUGAGUGCAAAAAAUAAUAAUGCCAUCGUUCUUUUUUCGCGUUUAACUGGCAGUGGUUACUAUAAAUUUAUUUUAUAA